ACAACAAAAAAAAAUUGUAUUUCUGGCCGACUUGAAAGACCUAACCCCUCUCCCCCAAGUUCUGCGGAUGCUUUUUUUUUGUUUUAAAAUUGCUUUGCACUUUCUCCAGUUCCUGCUUCUAGUGACUGAAGUUGUGAUUCUCUCUUUUCAAACAGUGUUGUAAGGGAGUAUUUUGUUCUGUAGGUCAGGACACACCCCCUCUUCCAAUGUGGAUUUGGAGUCUGUCCCACAGCUUAGUAAACCAAGCAUUCUGUUGGUACUGGUGCAGUGUCGUUAGGAGUUUUUGUCAAGGCAGCAGAGGGAGAGUUGAACAGAGCGAGCGAGAGAAAGACCUAAGGGCCCCGGAGCUGGGAUGCUGAUAUGAAUUCCAUGGAGUCAAAGCCUCUGGGGCUGUUGAUGUGGCUGGGUUUCGCCUGGCUGGCGGUGGUCUCGGUGCAAGGGAAGGAGCCGUCGCAGGGGCGCUUCAAAGUGGUCUUCACGCCGACCAUCUGCAAGCGGACUUGUCUGAAGGGUCAGUGUCAGGACAGCUGUCAGAGGGGGAACACCACCACCCUCAUCAGUGAGAACGGACAUGCAGCAGACACCCUCACUGGCUCCGGCUUCCGAGUGGUUGUGUGUCCUCUCCCCUGCAUGAACGGAGGACAAUGUAGCUCCAGGAACCGAUGCCAUUGCCCAUCCAACUUCACGGGCAAGUUCUGCCAGAUUUCAGUGAGUGGGCAGGUCCACCCUCAUCAGCCACAUACGGGCGAGCAGCCUCCGGACAAGGUCUCAGAAACCUACAAGCACUCGGUCUUCACACUCCAGCUCACCCCCGACUCCCAGAGUCCCGGGGAGCAUUCCCCGGGCAAAUUCAGCCACGGCGUUCUGACAUCAGGAGGGCUACAGCACAGACCAGAAGGACAGCCCCAGCCGGUCAUAAACCUACACGUGCGGCAUCCUCCUGAAGCCACCGUCCAGAUCCAUCGGGUCUCCAGCGUGGACAGCCACUUGAGUGAGCAGAAGAACCUGCUGCACCAGCCAAUACUGGUCCAUCACCAGCCCGUGCAGAAGGUGAAUCACUACCCCCCCAGGACCCUGCCCACCUCGCAGAAGAAACUAGGCCGCUGCUUCCAGGAGACCUUGCCAAAGACGUGCAGUAACCCUCUUCCCGGUCUGACCAAAGAAGAAGAUUGCUGUGGGAGUGUGGGGACGUCGUGGGGCUUCAGUAACUGCAACAAGUGUCGACACCAGCACUACUUGGCUGACCCAAAGACUGGGAUCAUUGGCGGAGUGGAGUGUCCUCAGGGCUACAAGAGACUCAACAGCACCCACUGCCAAGAUAUCAAUGAGUGCCUGAUCCAGGGAGUUUGCCAAAAUGCAGAUUGUCUGAACACACAGGGGAGCUUUCGCUGUGCUUGCAAGCCUGGCUAUGUGAUAGGGCCAUCACGGACACACUGUGUCGUGAUGGAGAAACCUGAGGUGAAGGGUCCUUGCUACCUGCUAGUAAAUGCUGAGGAGGGAUGUACCUACCCUCUGCGGGGUGAGCUGACCAAGCAGCUGUGCUGCUGUACAGUGGGGAAAGCCUGGGGCUCUGACUGUGAUCCCUGCCCCAACCCUGGAGCAGCGGAAUUUCAGGAGACAUGCCCGGCAGGAAUGGGCUACCACUUCUCCAGCUCUCACCAGAAGAUCAGCAUUCCGCCUGGCAGUAAUAUCGUGGUUCGUAUCGAUCCGGAUGGAAAGGCUAGGAUCGUCCAGGUGCCAGUCACGAUGCCCCCCUCAGUCACACACGAUGCAGAUCCCAAGGAGAUUGGCGAGGCUUCCACGGUCGCACUGUUACCCACUUUCAGCCUCAGAGAGGAAGCGUUGUCAGCUACUUUCAUCCCGUUUGCAUCGAGAUUUCCAGUAGAAUUGGAAACGCGACCUACAACCCCUGCUGUUAAAGUGCUGCCCCCGGAGCAGUCCAUGGAGUUCGGCCCGUCCCAGGUCAUUGAAAUGGACACGUGUAAAGUGGACCGGGGUAUCUGCGGACAUGGAGUGUGUGUCUAUGAUCCAUCUGGUUACACCUGUGCUUGUCACAAUGGCUACCAGCUGCAUACCCAGGUUAAAAAGUGUGUGGAUGUGAACGAGUGUGACAACAACCCCUGUGGGGUCAGAAAAGGCGAUUGCAUGAAUUAUGUCGGGACCUACAGCUGCCUCUGUUACCAAGGCUACCAGCUACAGGAACUUCCAGAAGGCAGCACUUGUGUUGAUAUUAAUGAGUGCACCGAGGGACGGCUGUGCGCCAAUGGGCGAUGCUUCAACACCGAGGGCUCCUUCUACUGCCGCUGUCACACCGGCUAUCGCCUUGUCAGCCACCAAACCGCCUGCGAAGAUAUCAAUGAAUGCCACAAUCCGAAUGCCUGCCCACGGGGAAAGUGCAAGAAUAAGCCAGGGACGUACGAGUGUGUUCCAUGCCCAGAGGGAUACCGGAGUCAGGCUGGAGAGUGCUACGAUGUUGAUGAGUGUUUAGACAGAUCCUUCUGUUUAAAUGGAAAGUGCGUCAACACAAAGGGCUCAUACAGUUGCACCUGCAGCAAAGGCUUUAAACCAGCGCCCGAUGGGAAGAGCUGUCUAGAUAUUAACGAAUGCAGCGAGGGGCGGCUCUGUGCCAAUGGCCGUUGUUUGAACACAGAGGGGUCCUUCCAGUGCCGCUGUCACCCUGGCUAUCGUCUGUCCAAUCAUCAAACUUCCUGUGAAGAUAUCAAUGAAUGUUUGGAGGUGGCUGGUGCCUGCACCAAUGGAGAGUGCAUCAACAUGCCAGGAUCCUACACAUGCCAGUGUCACGCAGGGUUCCAACUGUUUGAUGGCACACGGUGUAAAGAUAUCGAUGAGUGCGCCUUGAACCGCUCGCUGUGUAUACCAAAUGGCGCCUGCAGGAACACUGAGGGCUCCUUCUCCUGCGUCUGCGACACCGGCUUCAUCCUGUCACUGGACACCUACACGUGUGAAGAACCCGAGAGGCCAGAAGACAAGAAGGAGUGUUACCUCAGCCUCGACGACACCAUAUUCUGCGACAGCGUCCUUGCAACCAACAUCACCAAGGGGGAGUGCUGCUGUUCCCUCGGAGCAGGCUGGGGAGACCACUGUGAGAUCUACCCGUGCCCCGUGCACAGUACAGCUGAGUUUCACUCUCUCUGCCCAGACGGGAAGGGAUUCUUGGUAACCGAUGACAAUCUGUUCGGCCUUCCAUCUUACAGAGACAUCGAUGAGUGUAUGCUGUUUGGCCAGGAGAUCUGCAAGGAAGGAUUCUGCAUGAACACACAGCCCGGCUUCGAGUGUUACUGCAAGCAAGGCUUCUACUACGACGGGGCCUUGUUUCAGUGUCUGGACGUGGACGAGUGCCAGGACAUUCAGAGCUGCCCCAAUGGCAGGUGCGUCAACACCAAGGGGUCCUUCACCUGCGCCUGCUCUCCGCCCAUGACCUUUGACAAGGUGAAGAGACGCUGUGUGCAGCCUGUGGUUGUCAUCGACGCAGACCGGGUGGAUACGGAACGCGACCUCUGCUGGAAGCACGUCGGCAAGGAUUUCAUCUGCAGCCACCCACUGCUUGCGUACCAAACCACUUUCUCGGAGUGUUGCUGCCAGCACGGACUGGCCUGGGGGCUGGAAUGUCGCAUGUGCCCCAUGAGAAUGUCAGCCAGCUUCUCUCGCCUGUGCAACAUAACACGGUGGCUGCCAAACAUCCGACCAGGCCGCGGGGUGGAUCAGAGGCAGACUGAACAGAUGGACGUGUCACAGAGUAGUGAUGAUAACAGUUCUGACGACGACUCCGAGGAGUGUUCAUGUAGGCACGGGCGCUGUGUGCGAGGGCGAAAUAGGUGUGAAUGCUACAAAGGCUUCCAGCUGGACAGCAGUGGGAAAUGCAGAGAUAUCAAUGAGUGCCGUGAGCUGCAUCGCAAGCGGUUCCUGUGUAAGAACGCGCACUGCACGAAUACUGUGGGAUCGUACCGAUGUACCUGUUACCAGGGCUUUGUGCCCACACGGCGCCACAACAUCUGCAUACGCCGGAAGAUGAGCUAGGCCGCAGGGUGGGCAACGCAACAACGAGAAAAUGACUAUCCUCGUCAUCCAUUUUUCUUUUGGCCUGCCAGAUCCUCAAAGGAAACACGUUAUCAAAUGUUAACAUUGAAAAUACUUGUUUUAAUUUUUGGAAACACCUAUUUAAUAUUCUGAAAAAAAGAGGGAAAGACGUCUAAUUUUACCGUCAUCCCAUUUCAUACCUUCAGUUGGUGGAGUUUAGUUGUCCAAUUUGUCUUUUAUAUCAAUUGCUCUUUUUCUGAAAAAAAAAUUGUGGGGAGGAUUUGACACACUCAAUAUGGCGGCUACUCUGAAAACAUGAACACUGUCGUCCAAAGGAUAAACCAAAGAACUGCCGGACACUCGAUAUGGCGACACACUAUCUUUAUCUCCAGGAGAUUUAAGUAUGCAGGCACUUGACAAUUCCAACUAGGAAGAGAAUUAAAGACUAGCAACUUCAAUAUGGUAGCAGCGGGGGAAAUGCCGUCAGCUGCCAUAUUGAGUGUACCAACAGCAAUUGGAAUGGUAGAGAUGGAGUGGGAACUGCCCGGAAGCCACCACUUCAGACUGGACUGUGAUGUAGAUAAUUAAUAAAAGAAAUGAACUUACCAGCCAA